AUGUCCUGCUCCAGCCUGUGUGCCCCUGUGUGUGGGGUGUCCGCCCCGACCCCGCUGGCUGACAGCAGCAACGAGGCCUGCGUGCGGCAGUGCCCCGACUCCACCGUGCUCAUCCAGCCCCCGGCCACCAUGAUCACCAUACCUGGGCCCAUCCUCAGCUCCUUCCCGCAGAGCGCCGUGGUCGGCUCAGCAGGAGUCCCCGCCGUUGGAGCGGGCUUGGGUGGCUCCUUUGGACGUGGUGCUGGCUUUGGGGGCUUUGGAGGCCUGGGAGGCUACGCAUACGGUGGCUUGGGCAGAAGCUACAGGUCCCUCGGGGGCAGCUGUGGGCCCUGCUAA